AUGACUACGGAUGUUCCUGUCCUAGAGGAUGUGGAGAUGAAAGAGCCCCAGGCGCCCCCCUCCAAUUCUGCUACCUCCGCCGGGCCUUCCACCCUCCAGCGUAACUCGAGCAUCUCUUUUUUUUCCUCAUACAAAACAUAUUCUUCUUAUUCUUCUGUCGGUUGCUUCUGUGGGUCGUACUUAUCUUCUCUUGCAUUUUUUGGGCUCCGUCUCCGGAUGAAAUUUCUCAGAUUUGAAAGAGAUCGUCGCGCUAAUCGAGACAGGGGCCUACGCUAAGGAGAUUCGGCGGAUCGUCAGGGCGGUACGCCUGACGAUCGUGCUUCGAAAGAAGCUCACGUCGGGGGUAAUCUCCGCGUUUCUCGGCUAUGCCCUGGUGCCGGGCUCCGAGGUUCAUUCUCGCUUGUCAUCCUAUCUCUCGAAGGUGACUAUUUUUAACUUGCGCUUUCUUUCGCGUCUCAUAUAUUACAUUAUCGCGUGCCUUUAUGUUCGCUGAAGGUUGCUGUGUUGGGAUGACUGAUUAAUUGGGGCUAAGUUUUAUCAACCAAAUGACUCGUUUCCCUCUUGAUACUCCUUUGUAUUUUUUCUGGUUUUUAAGCAGUUCAUUUGAAAAAAAUGGGCUAUUUGUUCCGAAUGGACAAUUGCCUGAAUUUAUGAAAGAUGUCUGUUGCUCCUCUGCUGCUGCUGCCUUUUUUUCUCUCUCGUUGGUGCUUGAGUCUGCCAACAGAUACUACCGAAUGCCAUCUAGCCACUGUAGUUUACUAAGGACUGAGCGGAUGAGGUGCCUGGCUUUUGGAUGCGGUAAACUCGUACAAAUGAAGCUUAUGAGCAUCGAUGUCUCAUCCCCUCUACUCAUGUUACUAAGAGAUCGCUUGCAACCUGAAUUUCCAUCGAAGUUGCUGUCAAGUAGCAAGAAUUUGUGAGCAAUGGUUUCCUGAGGAACCUCGGUGUUUUCCAGGAUUCACCAUUCUUGUGAAACUAUGGAUAUGAUCAAUAGUUAUAUUUAGAUAUUAAUGACUAAAUUUUCAUGUUAGUUGGAUAUUUCUGGUCCUUGAAUAGAUACGUUCAUAAUUCUAGUGGCCAUUGAAUCGUUUUCUAUUUCAAGAAGGUUUGGAACUGUUUGAAAAAUGCACAUGUUAUUACUGUAUUUCUUUCCACAAGUCUUGAAAAUGAUUAGAAGAUCUGUGAAUGUUAACAUGGUGAUGGUCUUUCGAAGCCCUUCCAGACUCGAACCCACAUUUUGACCCACAUGGGGCAAGAUGAUCGUCCUUUUCUACUCUGGAAGCAUAACAGAAGCUGAGAUCUAUUUUUCAGUUUCGGUUAUCAUUGGACGAAAAUCGAAUUUCUCGGGGCACUCAAAAUGUUGAGAAUACAUAGCUUAAAUUCAUAAACUGGGGAAAAUUGUAGAUAAUGAUUGACGGACUCAAUUUUUUCUAUACUUCUGUCAUGCACAGAAUAAAAGCUAUCUGCCUUGAGGGUAAGGCAUUGAGCUACACAUGUACCACUGUCAUAGGUGUAAUGAAAAUAUCGCAAACGCCCUAUCUAAGAACUGUAUAUCUAAGAACUAUUGUUGUGAACCUACCCACUGAUGUUUAGCUGGGCAAAAUAAACCGUGAUUGGUUGUUUUUUUUCUAUUUUAAUGAGUUUUUGGCUGCUGCAUCAUGCUGGUACGUUCAUUUACUCGGGUCAAUGUUGUGAUUUUCUUUGGGAUGUACUUCACUUUCAUGUGUUGGUGAGUAUUUUUUCGAAGGCAUAUAGCACAUUGGUCUUUUUUACCUUAUUGUGUUUAUCCCUUCUGAUACUAAUAUUGUUACAUUUUACUACCCGACCCGUUUUAUAUAGAAUUAUAUAGGUGCGUUGCUCCAUUUUCUCAAAUGAGAAACAUUUUGAAUGCAAUUUUGAACACAGUAUUUGGUCCAUCAAUCUACUCUGCAUUUCUUCUGAAUGAACAGAUCUCUAAGUGGUGGCCUCAUGUGGUAGGGUAGUUUGACAUUACUGCUUUUGUAUGCUGGAUUGUCACAGAAUUGGUAGUGCGAUAUUGAUGGUUUUAAAUUUUGAAUGUUUUCUUUGAAACACAAAACCUCUGUUGAUGCCCAUAAGAUAAUAAAAUGGCUCUGCUUAGAGAACAUUAUUUGGAAGAUACUUUAUCGGUGCGAAAAAUAUUCUAGUAUGGUGAGUAUAGUUCUGGAAUAUUAUUCCAAUUUAAGUCCUCCAUUGGACACAGGUUAAAUAUCAGGUUUUCAGAGAUAGGUGGCCUUUGCUGAGAUAAUUUUGAGGAAAAAAACACGAAAUUACCAACAUGAUAAAUUCUCUCCUGCUGGGAAGGGAGGAGGACGAAACGUUUGAAAGUUUUAAUGUUGAUACAUUCAUGUAGGAAGAAGGUUACGUUGGAUUUUUCUGGAUGUUUUUUUGGAUAGUAGAGUGCACAAUGAUUUUUGAGUGAAUGAAGCAUAAAAUUCUGUAAAGUUAGUUGUUUGGAGGUCGUUCGCCUCUUUACUCUUAUACCCUUCUGUGCUCAACUGGGUCUUGACCAAAUAUACUCACAGAAAAACUGGAUUAGCGCAGAAAUUUCCAUCUAGUGGAGCAUUCUUUCAUUCGCCCUUUAUGGCCAGCCAUCUUGGCUUUCUCAUAUGAUGCCACUUAUCUUGCAUAAUAUUCUUAUCCCAAUUUUCUUGGAGUUUUCAAUGAUUUCUGCUCUAUAGUCCUUGGCUUCUCAUUUGAUUAUAUCCUCUCAAUUAUGUCACCAGCUGUCUCCAUAUUGAGCGCUUCAGAUGGAAAUCGAUUAAUGGUCCAUGUGGUUCCACAUCAAGUGAUUUGUCUGAUUAUUUUGCCUUCAUCUGUCGCACUUAUAAGUAGACCGGUCAGAAUUUUGUAUUUUGUCAUAUUUCAAUUGGAUAGAGCCUUGCAUAUGGGACAUUAGACUUUGUCAUUUUUUAAUGGUACGUUAUUCUACUUUGUGGGAAAAGGCUAAGUCAUAAGACAAACGUUUUACAUUUUUCCUCAUGCUUGGGUGCAUGGAGGUUAAUAACUUCUUCUUGAACUAGUGAAGGAAUCCUGUGGGGCAUUUUAUUGAGUUGUAGAGUCUAUUCUUGAUGGGCUGCCUCGCUGUUCUAAUUCUUAAAAUUCCUCUUACCUGAGUAUUUGCAUUGCAUGGAAAUAAUGGAAUCUUUUUUAUGGCCUUCCAUGGUGGUGUUUUAUUGGUGUUUUUCAACGGUGUAAUUUUGUGAAGGGGGGGAUAAGUUGCUGGUUCUAGUGAUUCAAAUUUGUUCAUUUGUUGACUGUUUGGAAUUUUGGAAUAAGGUACAGUGCCCAUUUGUUAUGCCUUGUCCUUGGAAUUAACUUAUCAAACCAUGUUUGUUGAGCUCAGACCCCUAGUUAUAAGUUAAGUAAGUCACUCUUCAAACCCCAAUUUCAUCAAUUGAGUUAGUUUGUAGGUAGAGGGAUAUUCUGUGUAUUUUCGUUUAGAUUGUCGACCUUUUGAGUGCUUAUGUUUUGGAAUAAGCUAAUAUUGCCGUAGGGAUUACCCUCUCUUGUUUUCUAAUUCUUUGACCACAAAGACUGCUCUUUUUGUCUUUAUGUUGGUGCUAUGUUUCCACCAGAUGACAACAAUUCUGCCCUUAUCGUUUCUUAGUUAGAUGCUAUUCUCAAUACCUUGAUCCAAUUAAUUUAUUUCUUUUAUGAUGUGAGGUUUACUACGAGGAGCCUGUCAUCUCGUUAUUGUACAUCUAUCUCACUUAUUUGGUCUUGGGCAUCAGUUGGUGCAUUUUUUCCGGGAGAUAUCCAUCUUUCCUAUCCUUUUUUUUCCUCACUACUUCUUAAACUUUCAUUAAUUGGUUGAUUCUGUCAUGCUUUCCAUCUUACGGCCUCACUCAUAAUAGGAAAGGGAAGUUGUACUAACAUUAAACAAAUCUGAUGACAAUAGUGUCGUAAGGCGUGGGUCAUUAGAUUAUUGAUGUAAGCCUUCACAUUCAUUUGUAUAGCCACUUGUUACUGUACAACUAAGAAGUUUCAGUGAAGGGAAAGUUAAUGUCGGUCUUAUGUGUCCUCUGGCCAUGGCGAUCAUAAACAGAAAUGUGAAAUGUCUGAUAGAAACAAGGUUUACAACUAUUAAAACCAGCUGGGAACGGUCAAGUUUUCAUCGGACGAAUCCCUUGUUAAAGCAAAUACUAAGCACGCCUUUUUGUGUUACGUCUCUGUUCGAAAUAGUAAGGAACUGUCUUGUUCUGUUGAAUCAGGAACAAGCUAUGCGUGUAACCAAGAUCCAAAUUCGAUCAGAAAUUAAAUAAAUGGAUUAAGAAAUUUAUUUAGCUAGACCUUGGUGAGAAUCCCGAACUUUCUUGCCAAAUUCACAGGUUUGAUUAAGUGGAUGUUGAAGAUAUUUGACGCUUGGUUUUUUGCAGUGUAUAAUUAAAAAUCGUAGUCUGCUUUGGGAAGUAUAUUUUAUUUCGUGUUUUGUCUGUUCUUGACCACCAUUGUUUACAAUUUCCCCUUAAACGUCGAGAAAACAUCAAAGUCCAUUUGUAAUGGUGUCUUGUUUUUCUGUCUUUAUGAAUCCUUCUCUACGAAUUCUUCUGAAAAUGGAUCAGAAAAUCUUCUGAUGAGUGUCUGAUUUGAAACCAUUUUGCACAGUCUAAUGUAUAGUAUAUGCACAAUUGAUAUGUGUGCGCAUAAAUAUUUCUGAGCUAUGAAUUUCUAAUUGUGGAAAAUAUUCAUGAAACGGCAUGUAUAGGCAACACAUUUUUUGCUAUAAACCCUCUUGACAUUUUGCACAUUUUGGGAAAAAUUCUGAACUGAAUUCCUUCCUUACCGUCUGGACUUUAUUAUUGUUGAUCCUGCUCACAGAAUGCAGUUCGGAUACUCUCUUUUUUUAUUUCUCGAAGGUAAAAUGUAUCACUUCCAAUUUUGUUCUCUUGCAUCUCGUGUACUUUGCGGUGAGAACGGUGCAUGUGUAGUUAGACGUUGCUUUCACCUUCAUUGAGAUUAACAGAAUUUUCUAAAAGGGAUGUCAAUGGUAUGUUAAUUUUAUGAAAAACACCCUUUAUCAUGCAAGUCCUGAGUCACAUUGUUUUCGUUACUGGUUUUAGGAAGACAAUCACGAUAUGGAUGUAGACACUGCAACAUCAGCGGCUCAAGCUCCUGCAAAGCAUGCUUUACCCGAGCUGGAGAUCUACUGUUAUUUACUUGUGCUCAUUUUUCUGAUAGAUAAGAAGAGAUACGAGGAGGUGUGUUCAUUGUCUAUUAAUUGAUUGACAUCCAAAUUUCCUCUGCAGUGUACCCGUAAAGCAGCCUUUUUUGUAUUCCUCAUUCUUUUCCAUGCUUUUCGCAGGCCAAGGCAUGUUCCUCAGCAAGCAUUGCUAGACUGAAAAUCUUGAAUCGAAGAACAGUUGAUGUUUUGGCAGCGAGAUUGUACUUCUAUUACUCAUAUAGCCAUGAGCUUACUAACAGUCUUGCUGAAAUCCGAGGGUGAGUUGUAAGCUAAAGGAUGUAAGAGCAUUGGUCUGCCACCUUUUUUGUUUUUCCUUUUGUGUCUGGUUUUCUAAGACCGGGCAUCCUAUAUAUCAACAAUAGUUCUCCAGAUCCCAUAUUGGGCAUCAGUCUACCCAUAGCCUCCUCCAUUCAUCUCCAUCAAUGGGUACAGAGAAAAGGGGAGUUGGCAAAUCUUUAGCCUUCCAUAUUUUAUAGAAGCCUCGUGAGUCUUCUAGAUUUGUGACAAGGAAAUGCAACCCUCAUUGCAAUUUGAGAGGUUUAUAUAUGCUUUGUUGUUCAUGUGCCACUAGGUAUCAACGCCCUUGUUUAGCUGUUUAUGUUAACAGCUGAUGAAAAUCAUGCAGUACUGCUAAUUAGAGAACACUUCUUGCUACCAAAUCUUGCUUAUAUUCUAUAUGAUCGUCGUGAUCUUGACUGGCCUGCCUUCUCAGGAAUCUUCUUGCAUUGCAUCGCCUGGCUACUCUUCGCCGAGAUGAACUGGGGCAGGUUUGUUCUCAGCGGAGAUAGGCAUUAGUCCACCUUCCUUUCUUUUUUUUUGUUUUCUGGGACCUUGCGACCAUUUUAUGAAGUUCUUUCUUUUUAUUAAUGUAUUUUUUGCCUUUGCGUGGUGCAGGAAACCCUCCUCAACCUUCUUCUUCGUAAUUACCUCCACUACAACUUGUAUGACCAGGCAGAGAAGCUCCGCUCAAAAGCCCCGCGUUUUGAAGCUCAUUCAAACCAGCAGGUCAUUAUUUCCCCCCCUCUAUGUUUUCUGUCGUUUGAUUUCAUCUAUUACCCAUAUAAUACCAUCAGCGGAAGUAGGAACACCUCGAGAUAAUUUAUGAAUGAGGGAGGAAUGGUGCUGCCUUGACUGCUUGUGCUUCCAUUUAAAAUCGUUUCCAUUGCAUAAUCUAACCCUGAUUUCACAUCAAAACCCGGUCUAGAGCUAGCUUUAUCCACCGUCACUGUGAUAAAAUUGCUCAUGGCGGCAAAGCUGUGAUUGUAGAAUAUAAUGUCCGGAAUCAAUAGAGGAAAGGAGCUCUUGGGCCUCUUUAAUGACGUUUAAAAUCCCUUUUUCUUUCUUUUUUUCUUCUGCAGUUCUGCCGGUAUUUGUUCUACCACGGGAAGAUCAUGACCAUUCAGCUCGAGUACACGGACGCCAAGGAAAGCCUCCUGCAAGCCGCCCGGAAGGCCCCUUUGAGAGCCCAGGGGUUCAGAAUUCAGUGCAACAAGUGGGCCAUCAUCGUCCGCCUCCUCCUCGGAGAGAUCCCCGAGAGGACGGUUUUCAUGCAGAAGGGCAUGAAGAAGGCGUUGACCCCCUACUUCGAACUCACCAACGUAAUCUCCUCACCAACGUAGAUGAGAGAGAGAGAGAGAGAGAAAGAGGGCUUCUUGGGGGUGAUCAGAUUAAUGGUUUCUCUCUGGUUUCAGGCGGUGAGAAUCGGAGACCUGGAGCUCUUCCGGGCGGUGGCGGACAAGUACGCCGGCACCUUCAGCCAGGACAGGACCCACAACCUGAUCGUCCGGCUGCGCCACAACGUCAUCAGAACGGGCCUCCGCAAUAUCAGCAUCUCGUAUUCUCGGAUAUCUCUUGCGGACGUUGCGAAGAAGCUGCGGCUGGAUUCCCCCAACCCGGUGGCCGACGCGGAGAGCAUUGUGGCAAAGGCGAUACGCGACGGGGCCAUCGACGCGACGAUCGACCAUGCCGGCGGCUGGAUGGUGUCCAAGGAGACCGGCGACGUCUACUCCACCAACGAGCCGCAGGCGGCCUUCAACUCCCGCAUCGCCUUCUGCCUGAACGUGCACAACGAGGCGGUGCGCGCCCUCCGCUUCCCCCCCAACUCGCACAAGGAGAAGGAGAGCUCCGAGAAGAGGAGGGAGAGGCAGCAGCAGGUGGAGGAGCUCGCCAAGCACAUCGCCGAGGAGGACGACGAGGAAUUCUAG